CCAUCUUCUUCUCGCCCCAAGCCAAGUCAGCAUCGCCCCAAAUCCCAUUCUAUUGUCAGCAUGAAUGGACAACAUGGACACCGGCGAUUUUCUACAAUUUGUCACCCCGAGUUCGCCAACCUAGGCACGAUGAUACAGAAUCGAAUCCAGUCUUUAGACCUCUCACACAUCGAUACUGAGAGAAACAGCGAACCAUCCAGCCAGACCAUCUCUUACGUCAUCACCAACCCGGCAGCAAGUUGUAUCCUGAUUCCUGGAGAUAUUGUCUACGUGAUCCAGCCCUCGUCAAUGUGUGCCACCCCGACAAAGCAAGAUCACGUGAGAAUUCACGGCUUCAGCUGGAGCCCCUCACAGUCGACACCUAUCGGUAUUCGAAUACCAAAAGUAACAUCAGUUGAGUUGCCAGAUGGCACGAGAACAACUAGCCAGCGUUACCCAGCCUUUGUAAGCCAAGUCAGUGAAACCUGUAAAUUGUAGACGCUGGUCUACAUUUUUACCUAAGUUACCUAAUGUGUUCAUUGUACAAAGAUGUGUUGUUUCAUAAAUUGCUCAAGUUCAAAUAAAUUGUGUGUUUACAAUCGGUGUUUUACAGACACGUGUAUACAGCUAAAAUAAAAACAAUGCAAGUAAUUUUUACACUAGCUGAAAUCAGCAUUUCAUACUUUCUUUACCCAAUAGUUAAUACAAAAUAUAUAUAUGCCGAUGUUAAUAUAUUGAUGUACCAAUCCAAGCACAUUGAGAAUUUAUUUGACUACCAUUUUACCAUAUUAUUCUUAAUGAGCUAGAAACAUGCAUUACAAUUUACAUGCGUUCUAAUGCCAAAAUACGCGUAGAAGGUUCAGCUAUCGGAGAUCAUCAAUAUUAACCCCUUAGUGGCAGAACAUUAACCUCUGUGGCAGAAUAUUAACCCCUGAGUGGCAGAAUAUUAACCCCUGAGUGGCAGAAUAUUAACCCCUGAGUGUUUGUAAGUCAGAAAGAAACAACACUUCAUCUUUAAUAUUGAUCUUUUAAUUUUAUCGCCAUUUUACUCGCAGAAGUAAGAACCUUUCAAUAGUGUCGCAUCCCCUCCUAGUUUGCACACAUCAAUCCCAAGUUUGACACCCAAAUAAUUACAUUCUUGUAUACUUAUACUGGUGUAUGCUUCGUGUAAUCAAGAGGUGUAAUCUUAUUGUUGGAAUUGUUGCAAAGUUUCUAACCGUGUUUAUUUUAAUUUACGAUCACAAAGUAUCUACCAGCCUUGCUUGAAUGUGUGUCAAAUGUUUAAAGCCGACAUGUCGAGUAGGUGAUUGUGGUGGACAUUUGGGGUGCCAGAAUCGCGAAUUGGGUAUUUGGGCGCCAUUACCGAGAUAAUUACUAUACACCUAUAUUUGCUUAUCAGAUACUUGCUUAAAUAAUCAGGACAAAAUU